AUGGAAAUUCAACCAAGCCCAAGCCCAAGCCCACAGGCCGCGGCGAGGAAGCUUUGGAACGUAGUACGCGUGGUGUUCCUCAUGUUGAGAAAAGGCAUAGCCAAGAGCAAACUCACCUCCGCCAAAGCAAUCCUCCACCUCCACCGCCACCACAACCACCACGACGCCAUUUACCCCCGCUGCGACUACGAGUUCAGCUGCAGCAACAGCCCCGCCGCCACCUUCCCCUUCCAUGUCAUCAAACGCAGCAAACAGCGAAGCAGGUUCCCCCACUACGACGACGUUUCUACCGUUCAGAGAGUGCUGGAGAUUCUCAACAACAAGACGGAGGAUUCACCUCUGAGGAAGAGUUCGAAUGGGAGGAAAGUGAGAGUGACGGACUCUCCCUUCCCUAUGAAGGAGGAAGAAGAGGACAACCAAGUUGACGUGGCGGCUGAGGAGUUCAUCAAGAGGUUCUACAAGGACCUCAACUUGCAGCAGAAAAUGGUUGCCAUUGAAUCACCCAACCAUCAUAGCUUGUGGGACAGAUGA